AUGACUACUGGCCCGGGCCUCGAUGCUGCCAUGGGCCGCCCGCGGCAGGACUCGUUUGUCAGCGCCGGCCCGAAGCCCAUCUCCAUGAACAUCCAGAACCGCGACAAUGUCAACCGGAACCGUCGCGAGAGUCUUGCCGGUAGCCUCAUGGGCGGCAUGAGCUGGGGCGGCAUGUCCUUUGGCAGUUUUGUCCGUGAUGACAUCAUGAUGCAAGGCACCUCACCGUUUACGGGCGGCGCCCACCAGUCUCCAUCGUUCCACUCCUCGUCCUACCUGCCGAAGCUCGAGGCCAGUUUUAUGCGUGACUUCACAUGCUGUGGCAAGAUUUUGCCUAACCUGCAUGAUCUGCUUCAGCACUACGAAGAGGCCCAUACACAAGCUAGUCCAGGUGCCGUCAGAAACAGUGCCUUCAACCAAUUUGGUGCACUGGGCAUUCAAGGAUCGCCUAAGAUGCCCAAUUCGAGGACGACCCCGGCGCCUGGCCAAGGCUCACAGCAGUUGGGACAACAGCGCCAGAUGGGCGGCCCUGGUCUCCAGAUUGGCGGUUCUCAGCGGCUCGGCAGCUCCAUGCUACAGAUGUCUACCUCCAUGAGCAACAACAUGAGUGACGAGAUGGAUGCUGUUGCUGAUAUGGAGAUGGACGACGCCCUUGGCACCAUGGACCUGGAUGACAGCCAAAAGAUGCACCAGACCCGGCAGCUAUUUGGCCAGCAACAACGACCGCAACUCAACAUGAACACCUCUGGAAUUACCCAGGGCCUCCGAACGUCGCAGCCGCCCACGCCUGCAGCCCAGAGUUUCGGAUUCCAGAACAACCCUACCGUUUCCUCCGUCAACACCCCUACCCUCAUGACACAACAACAGAUGCCACAGCAGCAGUCUCAGCAGAACGAGGUGGACGAGGAUCUACCCGGCAUGCCCAUGGGUGGUGAUGCCACUGAUCUCGGUGAUAUGACGUUUGGAAACGGCAACAACAAUGACGGCAACGACUCCAAUUUCUGCAUCAACGAUCCUGGCAAGCACCUGUUUAGCCCCAACGGCGCUUUCCCGCAAGGCAACCGAUCUAUACAAGCACAGCUCGCCCAAUUGGGCCUGACCCACGGCCAGUUUGCCGAUCCCGAGGCCAACAAGGUGUUGCUUGCCCGGUUGCAGAGUAUGAUGAUGCCAGAGGAGCACAAGCCCUUCAAGUGCCCCGUCAUCGGCUGCGAGAAGGCGUACAAGAACCAGAACGGGCUCAAGUACCACAAGGCUCACGGUCACCAAACGCAACAGCUGCACGAGAACGGCGAUGGUACUUUCUCCAUUGUGAACCCCGAGACAAGUGCUCCUUAUCCGGGCACCUUGGGAAUGGAAAAAGAGAAGCCCUUCAACUGUGAGACGUGUGGCAAGCGAUACAAGAAUCUCAACGGUUUGAAAUAUCACAAAUCUCACUCUCUUCCCUGCAACCCUGAAUUUAAGCUUCAAGCCCUGGCCGCUGGUCUGAAUUUGCCAGGCAUCGGAGAGGACGUGAUGCUACAGUGA